AGCAACAAAAGAGGAGACAGAAUCUCACAUGGAAGACCAAAGGAAAGAGAAAGAACAUUUGGAACAAAUGACGACAGACAUGAAAAAACAGUUGCUAGAGGUGGACAAUGACAAGGAAAUGAUACAAAGUUCAAUGGGUGAACUGAGAGUGAAAGAGGCAGAAAUGGUGAGAGAAAAAGACAACAUGGAUAACAAGAUGGCUAGGCUCAAAGAGGAAGAGGAUGGAAUGCGGGAAGAAAUAGGAAGGAAGAUGGACAUCUUAAAGCAGGAAAAUUGUGAAAUCAAAAGACUUAGAGAUGAAAUUGACAGUGAAAAGGACCAGCUGAAUGCAAAAUUGCUUGAGUUGGAGAAAAUGCAUGAAGAACUAGAAAGAGAGAAGAAGGAAGUGAACAACAGGAAGGAUGAAACACUGAAAGAGAAAGAUCAGUUGGAAGAGAGGCGAGGUAAGAUGAGCAAGGAGAAAGAGGAAUUGGAUAUCAGUCUUGAACUGAUGAAAAGACAAAGGGAAGACUUGACAAGCUUGAAGGCUGAAGCAGAAGUACAGACCGAACCUAUGGAAACAGACUGGAAGGAAAAGCUCACGAUGGAAAGACAACAACUUGAAGAUGUAAAGGAGGAGAUACAGAAGGAAAAAGAAGCCUUUGAGAGAAAGAAGGGUUUGACCAUGAAAGAAAGAGAUGAGUUUGAUCUGAUGAAGUCUGAAACACAGGGACAAUUGGAGGAAAUAGAACAAAACAAACAAGACAUUCGUGUGGAGAAGGAAAAGCUGGAUCAGAUCAAAGCUGAGUUAGAAAGACGGUCUGAAGACAUCAAUCAGCUCAUGGAUGAGACAAGACGGGAGAGGGGGAAGGUUGAAGAACUGGCUAUCCAAACUCAAAAACAAAGAGAAGAAAUGGUGGGUUUUAUGGAAAAGAACAAACAAAAGCAGAACGAACUGGAACUCAUGAAUGACAAGAUUGAAAGAGAGAAACAAGACAUCGAAGACAGUCGGGAUGUGCUAACAAAGGAGAGAGAGGAGCUGGAACAAAUGAGGAGUGAGAUACAGCAACAAAGAGAGGAGACAGAAUCUCACAUGGAAGACCAAAGGAAAGAGAAAGAACAUUUGGAACAAAUGACGACAGACAUGAAAAAACAGUUGCUAGAGGUGGACAAUGACAAGGAAAUGAUACAAAGUUCAAUGGGUGAACUGAGAGUGAAAGAGGCAGAAAUGGUGAGAGAAAAAGACAACAUGGAUAACAAGAUGGCUAGGCUCAAAGAGGAAGAGGAUGGAAUGCGGGAAGAAAUAGGAAGGAAGAUGGACAUCUUAAAGCAGGAAAAUUGUGAAAUCAAAAGACUUAGAGAUGAAAUUGACAGUGAAAAGGACCAGCUGAAUGCAAAAUUGCUUGAGUUGGAGAAAAUGCAUGAAGAACUAGAAAGAGAGAAGAAGGAAGUGAACAACAGGAAGGAUGAAACACUGAAAGAGAAAGAUCAGUUGGAAGAGAGGCGAGGUAAGAUGAGCAAGGAGAAAGAGGAAUUGGAUAUCAGUCUUGAACUGAUGAAAAGACAAAGGGAAGACUUGACAAGCUUGAAGGCUGAAGCAGAAGUACAGACCGAACCUAUGGAAACAGACUGGAAGGAAAAGCUCACGAUGGAAAGACAACAACUUGAAGAUGUAAAGGAGGAGAUACAGAAGGAAAAAGAAGCCUUUGAGAGAAAGAAGGGUUUGACCAUGAAAGAAAGAGAUGAGUUUGAUCUGAUGAAGUCUGAAACACAGGGACAAUUGGAGGAAAUAGAACAAAACAAACAAGACAUUCGUGUGGAGAAGGAAAAGCUGGAUCAGAUCAAAGCUGAGUUAAAAAGACGGUCUGAAGACAUCAAUCAGCUCAUGGAUGAGACAAGACGGGAGAGGGGGAAGGUUGAAGAACUGGCUAUCCAAACUCAAAAACAAAGAGAAGAAAUGGUGGGUUUUAUGGAAAAGAACAAACAAAAGCAGAACGAACUGGAACUCAUGAAUGACAAGAUUGAAAGAGAGAAACAAGACAUCGAAGACAGUCGGGAUGUGCUAACAAAGGAGAGAGAGGAGCUGGAACAAAUGAGGAGUGAGAUACAGCAACAAAAAGAGGAGACAGAAUCUCACAUGGAAGACCAAAGGAAAGAGAAAGAACAUUUGGAACAAAUGACGACAGACAUGAAAAAACAGUUGCUAGAGGUGGACAAUGACAAGGAAAUGAUACAAAGUUCAAUGGGUGAACUGAGAGUGAAAGAGGCAGAAAUGGUGAGAGAAAAAGACAACAUGGAUAACAAGAUGGCUAGGCUCAAAGAGGAAGAGGAUGGAAUGCGGGAAGAAAUAGGAAGGAAGAUGGACAUCUUAAAGCAGGAAAAUUGUGAAAUCAAAAGACUUAGAGAUGAAAUUGACAGUGAAAAGGACCAGCUGAAUGCAAAAUUGCUUGAGUUGGAGAAAAUGCAUGAAGAACUAGAAAGAGAGAAGAAGGAAGUGAACAACAGGAAGGAUGAAACACUGAAAGAGAAAGAUCAGUUGGAAGAGAGGCGAGGUAAGAUGAGCAAGGAGAAAGAGGAAUUGGAUAUCAGUCUUGAACUGAUGAAAAGACAAAGGGAAGACUUGACAAGCUUGAAGGCUGAAGCAGAAGUACAGACCGAACCUAUGGAAACAGACUGGAAGGAAAAGCUCACGAUGGAAAGACAACAACUUGAAGAUGUAAAGGAGGAGAUACAGAAGGAAAAAGAAGCCUUUGAGAGAAAGAAGGGUUUGACCAUGAAAGAAAGAGAUGAGUUUGAUCUGAUGAAGUCUGAAACACAGGGACAAUUGGAGGAAAUAGAACAAAACAAACAAGACAUUCGUGUGGAGAAGGAAAAGCUGGAUCAGAUCAAAGCUGAGUUAGAAAGACGGUCUGAAGACAUCAAUCAGCUCAUGGAUGAGACAAGACGGGAGAGGGGGAAGGUUGAAGAACUGGCUAUCCAAACUCAAAAACAAAGAGAAGAAAUGGUGGGUUUUAUGGAAAAGAACAAACAAAAGCAGAACGAACUGGAACUCAUGAAUGACAAGAUUGAAAGAGAGAAACAAGACAUCGAAGACAGUCGGGAUGUGCUAACAAAGGAGAGAGAGGAGCUGGAACAAAUGAGGAGUGAGAUACAGCAACAGAGAGAGGAGACAGAAUCUCACAUGGAAGACCAAAGGAAAGAGAAAGAGCAUUUGGAACAAAUGACGACGGACAUGAAAAAACAGUUGCUAGAGGUGGACAAUGACAAGGAAAUGAUACAAAGCUCAAUGGGUGAACUGAGAGUGAAAGAGGCAGAAAUGGUGAGAGAAAAAGACAACAUGGAUAACAAGAUGGCUAGGCUCAAAGAGGAAGAGGAUGGAAUGCGGGAAGAAAUAGGAAGGAAGAUGGACAUCUUAAAGCAGGAAAGUUGUGAAAUCAAAAGACUUAGAGAUGAAAUUGACAGUGAAAAGGACCAGCUGAAUGCAAAAUUGCUUGAGUUGGAGAAAAUGCGUGAAGAACUAGAAAGAGAGAAGAAGGAAGUGAACAACAGGAAGGAUGAAACACUGAAAGAGAAAGAUCAGUUGGAAGAGAGGCGAGGUAAGAUGAGCAAGGAGAAAGAGGAAUUGGAUAUCAGUCUUGAACUGAUGAAAAGACAAGGGGAAGACUUGACGAGCUUGAAGGCUGAAGCAGACGCACAGACCGAGGCUAUGGAAACAGACUGGAAGGAAAAGCUCACGAUGGAAAGACAACAACUUGAAGAUGUAAAGGAGGAGAUACAGAAGGAAAAAGAAGCCUUUGAGAGAAAGAAGGGAUUGACCAUGAAAGAAAGAGAUGAGUUUGAUCUGAUGAAGUCUGAAACCCAGGGACAAUUGGAGGAAAUAGAACAAAACAAACAAGACAUUCGUGUGGAGAAGGAAAAGCUGGAUCAGAUCAAAGCUGAGUUAGAAAGACGGUCUGAAGACAUCAAUCAGCUCAUGGAUGAGACAAGACGGGAGAGGGGGAAGGUUGAAGAACUGGCUAUCCAAACUCAAAAACAAAGAGAAGAAAUGGUGGGUUUUAUGGAAAAGAACAAACAAAAGCAGAACGAACUGGAACUCAUGAAUGACAAGAUUGAAAGAGAGAAACAAGACAUCGAAGAAAGUUGGGAUGUGCUAACAAAGGAGAGAGAGGAGCUGGAACAAAUGAGGAGUGAGAUACAGCAACAGAGAGAGGAGACAGAAUCUCACAUGGAAGACCAAAGGAAAGAGAAAGAACAUUUGGAACAAAUGACGACAGACAUGAAAAAACAGUUGCUAGAGGUGGACAAUGACAAGGAAAUGAUACAAAGUUCAAUGGGUGAACUGAGAGUGAAAGAGGCAGAAAUGGUGAGAGAAAAAGACAACAUGGAUAACAAGAUGGCUAGGCUCAAAGAGGAAGAGGAUGGAAUGCGGGAAGAAAUAGGAAGGAAGAUGGACAUCUUAAAGCAGGAAAAUUGUGAAAUCAAAAGACUUAGAGAUGAAAUUGACAGUGAAAAGGACCAGCUGAAUGCAAAAUUGCUUGAGUUGGAGAAAAUGCGUGAAGAACUAGAAAGAGAGAAGAAGGAAGUGAACAACAGGAAGGAUAAAACACUGAAAGAGAAAGAUCAGUUGGAAGAGAGGCGAGGUAAGAUGAGCAAGGAGAAAGAGGAAUUGGAUAUCAGUCUUGAACUGAUGAAAAGACAAAGGGAAGACUUCACGAGCUUGAAGGCUGAAGCAGAAGCACAGAACGAGGCUAUGGAAAAAGACUGGAAGGAAAAGCUCACGAUGGAAAGACAACAACUUGAAGAUGUAAAGGAGGAGAUACAGAAGGAAAAAGAAGCCUUUGAGAUAAAUAAGGGAUUGACCAUGAAAGAAAGAGAUGAGUUUGAUCUGAUGAAGUCUGAAACACAGGGACAAUUGGAGGAAAUAGAACAAAACAAACAAGACAUUCGUGUGGAGAAGGAAAAGCUGGAUCAGAUCAAAGCUGAGUUAGAAAGACGGUCUGAAGACAUCAAUCAGCUCAUGGAUGAGACAAGACGGGAGAGGGGGAAGGUUGAAGAACUGGCUAUCCAAACUCAAAAACAAAGAGAAGAAAUGGUGGGUUUUAUGGAAAAGAACAAACAAAAGCAGAACGAACUGGAACUCAUGAAUGACAAGAUUGAAAGAGAGAAACAAGACAUCGAAGAAAGUUGGGAUGUGCUAACAAAGGAGAGAGAGGAGCUGGAACAAAUGAGGAGUGAGAUACAGCAACAGAGAGAGGAGACAGAAUCUCACAUGGAAGACCAAAGGAAAGAGAAAGAACAUUUGGAACAAAUGACGACGGACAUGAAAAAACAGUUGCUAAAGGUGGACAAUGACAAGGAAAUGAUACAAAGCUCAAUGUGUGAACUGAGAGUGAAAGAGGCAGAAAUGGUGAGAGAAAAAGACAACAUGGAUAACAAGAUGGCUAGGCUCAAAGAGGAAGAGGAUGGAAUGCGGGAAGAAAUAGGAAGGAAGAUGGACAUCUUAAAGCAGGAAAGUUGUGAAACCAAAAGACUAAGAGAUGAAAUUGACAGUGAAAAGGACCAGCUGAAUGCAAAAUUGCUUGAGUUGGAAAAAAUGCGUGAAGAACUAGAUAGAGAGAAGAAGGAAGUGAAAGACAGGAAGGAUGAAACACUGAAAGAGAAAGAUCAGUUGGAAGAGAGGCGAGGUAAGAUAAGUAAGGAGAAAGAGGAAUUGGAUAUCAGUCUUGAACUGAUGAAAAGACAAAGGGAAGACUUGACAAGCUUGAAGGCUGAAGCAGAAGUACAGACCGAACCUAUGGAAACAGACUGGAAGGAAAAGCUCACGAUGGAAAGACAACAACUUGAAGAUGUAAAGGAGGAGAUACAGAAGGAAAAAGAAGCCUUUGAGAGAAAGAAGGGUUUGACCAUGAAAGAAAGAGAUGAGUUUGAUCUGAUGAAGUCUGAAACACAGGGACAAUUGGAGGAAAUAGAACAAAACAAACAAGACAUUCGUGUGGAGAAGGAAAAGCUGGAUCAGAUCAAAGCUGAGUUAGAAAGACGGUCUGAAGACAUCAAUCAGCUCAUGGAUGAGACAAGACGGGAGAGGGGGAAGGUUGAAGAACUGGCUAUCCAAACUCAAAAACAAAGAGAAGAAAUGGUGGGUUUUAUGGAAAAGAACAAACAAAAGCAGAACGAACUGGAACUCAUGAAUGACAAGAUUGAAAGAGAGAAACAAGACAUCGAAGACAGUCGGGAUGUGCUAACAAAGGAGAGAGAGGAGCUGGAACAAAUGAGGAGUGAGAUACAGCAACAGAAAGAGGAGACAGAAUCUCACAUGGAAGACCAAAGGAAAGAGAAAGAACAUUUGGAACAAAUGACGACAGACAUGAAAAAACAGUUGCUAGAGGUGGACAAUGACAAGGAAAUGAUACAAAGUUCAAUGGGUGAACUGAGAGUGAAAGAGGCAGAAAUGGUGAGAGAAAAAGACAACAUGGAUAACAAGAUGGCUAGGCUCAAAGAGGAAGAGGAUAGAAUGCGGGAAGAAAUAGGAAGGAAGAUGGACAUCUUAAAGCAGGAAAGUUGUGAAAUCAAAAGACUUAGAGAUGAAAUUGACAGUGAAAAGGACCAGCUGAAUGCAAAAUUGCUUGAGUUGGAAAAAAUGCGUGAAGAACUAGAUAGAGAGAAGAAGGAAGUGAAAGACAGGAAGGAUGAAACACUGAAAGAGAAAGAUCAGUUGGAAGAGAGGCGAGGUAAGAUAAGUAAGGAGAAAGAGGAAUUGGAUAUCAGUCUUGAACUGAUGAAAAGACAAAGGGAAGACUUGACAAGCUUGAAGGCUGAAGCAGAAGUACAGACCGAACCUAUGGAAACAGACUGGAAGGAAAAGCUCACGAUGGAAAGACAACAACUUGAAGAUGUAAAGGAGGAGAUACAGAAGGAAAAAGAAGCCUUUGAGAGAAAGAAGGGUUUGACCAUGAAAGAAAGAGAUGAGUUUGAUCUGAUGAAGUCUGAAACACAGGGACAAUUGGAGGAAAUAGAACAAAACAAACAAGACAUUCGUGUGGAGAAGGAAAAGCUGGAUCAGAUCAAAGCUGAGUUAGAAAGACGGUCUGAAGACAUCAAUCAGCUCAUGGAUGAGACAAGACGGGAGAGGGGGAAGGUUGAAGAACUGGCUAUCCAAACUCAAAAACAAAGAGAAGAAAUGGUGGGUUUUAUGGAAAAGAACAAACAAAAGCAGAACGAACUGGAACUCAUGAAUGACAAGAUUGAAAGAGAGAAACAAGACAUCGAAGACAGUCGGGAUGUGCUAACAAAGGAGAGAGAGGAGCUGGAACAAAUGAGGAGUGAGAUACAGCAACAGAAAGAGGAGACAGAAUCUCACAUGGAAGACCAAAGGAAAGAGAAAGAACAUUUGGAACAAAUGACGACAGACAUGAAAAAACAGUUGCUAGAGGUGGACAAUGACAAGGAAAUUAUACAAAGUUCAAUGGGUGAACUGAGAGUGAAAGAGGCAGAAAUGGUGAGAGAAAAAGACAACAUGGAUAACAAGAUGGCUAGGCUCAAAGAGGAAGAGGAUAGAAUGCGGGAAGAAAUAGGAAGGAAGAUGGACAUCUUAAAGCAGGAAAGUUGUGAAAUCAAAAGACUUAGAGAUGAAAUUGACAGUGAAAAGGACCAGCUGAAUGCAAAAUUGCUUGAGUUGGAGAAAAUGCAUGAAGAACUAGAAAGAGAGAAGAAGGAAGUGAACAACAGGAAGGAUGAAACACUGAAAGAGAAAGAUCAGUUGGAAGAGAGGCGAGGUAAGAUGAGCAAGGAGAAAGAGGAAUUGGAUAUCAGUCUUGAACUGAUGAAAAGACAAAGGGAAGACUUGACAAGCUUGAAGGCUGAAGCAGAAGUACAGACCGAACCUAUGGAAACAGACUGGAAGGAAAAGCUCACGAUGGAAAGACAACAACUUGAAGAUGUAAAGGAGGAGAUACAGAAGGAAAAAGAAGCCUUUGAGAGAAAGAAGGGUUUGACCAUGAAAGAAAGAGAUGAGUUUGAUCUGAUGAAGUCUGAAACACAGGGACAAUUGGAGGAAAUAGAACAAAACAAACAAGACAUUCGUGUGGAGAAGGAAAAGCUGGAUCAGAUCAAAGCUGAGUUAGAAAGACGGUCUGAAGACAUCAAUCAGCUCAUGGAUGAGACAAGACGGGAGAGGGGGAAGGUUGAAGAACUGGCUAUCCAAACUCAAAAACAAAGAGAAGAAAUGGUGGGUUUUAUGGAAAAGAACAAACAAAAGCAGAACGAACUGGAACUCAUGAAUGACAAGAUUGAAAGAGAGAAACAAGACAUCGAAGACAGUCGGGAUGUGCUAACAAAGGAGAGAGAGGAGCUGGAACAAAUGAGGAGUGAGAUACAGCAACAGAAAGAGGAGACAGAAUCUCACAUGGAAGAUCAAAGGAAAGAGAAAGAACAUUUGGAACAAAUGACGACAGACAUGAAAAAACAGUUGCUAGAGGUGGACAAUGACAAGGAAAUGAUACAAAGUUCAAUGGGUGAACUGAGAGUGAAAGAGGCAGAAAUGGUGAGAGAAAAAGACAACAUGGAUAACAAGAUGGCUAGGCUCAAAGAGGAAGAGGAUAGAAUGCGGGAAGAAAUAGGAAGGAAGAUGGACAUCUUAAAGCAGGAAAGUUGUGAAAUCAAAAGACUUAGAGAUGAAAUUGACAGUGAAAAGGACCAGCUGAAUGCAAAAUUGCUUGAGUUGGAGAAAAUGCAUGAAGAACUAGAAAGAGAGAAGAAGGAAGUGAACAACAGGAAGGAUGAAACACUGAAAGAGAAAGAUCAGUUGGAAGAGAGGCGAGGUAAGAUGAGCAAGGAGAAAGAGGAAUUGGAUAUCAGUCUUGAACUGAUGAAAAGACAAAGGGAAGACUUGACAAGCUUGAAGGCUGAAGCAGAAGUACAGACCGAACCUAUGGAAACAGACUGGAAGGAAAAGCUCACGAUGGAAAGACAACAACUUGAAGAUGUAAAGGAGGAGAUACAGAAGGAAAAAGAAGCCUUUGAGAGAAAGAAGGGUUUGACCAUGAAAGAAAGAGAUGAGUUUGAUCUGAUGAAGUCUGAAACACAGGGACAAUUGGAGGAAAUAGAACAAAACAAACAAGACAUUCGUGUGGAGAAGGAAAAGCUGGAUCAGAUCAAAGCUGAGUUAGAAAGACGGUCUGAAGACAUCAAUCAGCUCAUGGAUGAGACAAGACGGGAGAGGGGGAAGGUUGAAGAACUGGCUAUCCAAACUCAAAAACAAAGAGAAGAAAUGGUGGGUUUUAUGGAAAAGAACAAACAAAAGCAGAACGAACUGGAACUCAUGAAUGACAAGAUUGAAAGAGAGAAACAAGACAUCGAAGACAGUCGGGAUGUGCUAACAAAGGAGAGAGAGGAGCUGGAACAAAUGAGGAGUGAGAUACAGCAACAAAAAGAGGAGACAGAAUCUCACAUGGAAGACCAAAGGAAAGAGAAAGAACAUUUGGAACAAAUGACGACAGACAUGAAAAAACAGUUGCUAGAGGUGGACAAUGACAAGGAAAUGAUACAAAGUUCAAUGGGUGAACUGAGAGUGAAAGAGGCAGAAAUGGUGAGAGAAAAAGACAACAUGGAUAACAAGAUGGCUAGGCUCAAAGAGGAAGAGGAUGGAAUGCGGGAAGAAAUAGGAAGGAAGAUGGACAUCUUAAAGCAGGAAAAUUGUGAAAUCAAAAGACUUAGAGAUGAAAUUGACAGUGAAAAGGACCAGCUGAAUGCAAAAUUGCUUGAGUUGGAGAAAAUGCAUGAAGAACUAGAAAGAGAGAAGAAGGAAGUGAACAACAGGAAGGAUGAAACACUGAAAGAGAAAGAUCAGUUGGAAGAGAGGCGAGGUAAGAUGAGCAAGGAGAAAGAGGAAUUGGAUAUCAGUCUUGAACUGAUGAAAAGACAAAGGGAAGACUUGACAAGCUUGAAGGCUGAAGCAGAAGUACAGACCGAACCUAUGGAAACAGACUGGAAGGAAAAGCUCACGAUGGAAAGACAACAACUUGAAGAUGUAAAGGAGGAGAUACAGAAGGAAAAAGAAGCCUUUGAGAGAAAGAAGGGUUUGACCAUGAAAGAAAGAGAUGAGUUUGAUCUGAUGAAGUCUGAAACACAGGGACAAUUGGAGGAAAUAGAACAAAACAAACAAGACAUUCGUGUGGAGAAGGAAAAGCUGGAUCAGAUCAAAGCUGAGUUAGAAAGACGGUCUGAAGACAUCAAUCAGCUCAUGGAUGAGACAAGACGGGAGAGGGGGAAGGUUGAAGAACUGGCUAUCCAAACUCAAAAACAAAGAGAAGAAAUGGUGGGUUUUAUGGAAAAGAACAAACAAAAGCAGAACGAACUGGAACUCAUGAAUGACAAGAUUGAAAGAGAGAAACAAGACAUCGAAGACAGUCGGGAUGUGCUAACAAAGGAGAGAGAGGAGCUGGAACAAAUGAGGAGUGAGAUACAGCAACAAAAAGAGGAGACAGAAUCUCACAUGGAAGACCAAAGGAAAGAGAAAGAACAUUUGGAACAAAUGACGACAGACAUGAAAAAACAGUUGCUAGAGGUGGACAAUGACAAGGAAAUGAUACAAAGUUCAAUGGGUGAACUGAGAGUGAAAGAGGCAGAAAUGGUGAGAGAAAAAGACAACAUGGAUAACAAGAUGGCUAGGCUCAAAGAGGAAGAGGAUGGAAUGCGGGAAGAAAUAGGAAGGAAGAUGGACAUCUUAAAGCAGGAAAAUUGUGAAAUCAAAAGACUUAGAGAUGAAAUUGACAGUGAAAAGGACCAGCUGAAUGCAAAAUUGCUUGAGUUGGAGAAAAUGCGUGAAGAACUAGAAAGAGAGAAGAAGGAAGUGAACAACAGGAAGGAUAAAACACUGAAAGAGAAAGAUCAGUUGGAAGAGAGGCGAGGUAAGAUGAGCAAGGAGAAAGAGGAAUUGGAUAUCAGUCUUGAACUGAUGAAAAGACAAAGGGAAGACUUGACAAGCUUGAAGGCUGAAGCAGAAGUAAAGACCGAACCUAUGGAAACAGACUGGAAGGAAAAGCUCACGAUGGAAAGACAACAACUUGAAGAUGUAAAGGAGGAGAUACAGAAGGAAAAAGAAGCCUUUGAGAGAAAGAAGGGUUUGACCAUGAAAGAAAGAGAUGAGUUUGAUCUGAUGAAGUCUGAAACACAGGGACAAUUGGAGGAAAUAGAACAAAACAAACAAGACAUUCGUGUGGAGAAGGAAAAGCUGGAUCAGAUCAAAGCUGAGUUAGAAAGACGGUCUGAAGACAUCAAUCAGCUCAUGGAUGAGACAAGACGGGAGAGGGGGAAGGUUGAAGAACUGGCUAUCCAAACUAAAAAACAAAGAGAAGAAAUGGUGGGUUUUAUGGAAAAGAACAAACAAAAGCAGAACGAACUGGAACUCAUGAAUGACAAGAUUGAAAGAGAGAAACAAGACAUCGAAGACAGUCGGGAUGUGCUAACAAAGGAGAGAGAGGAGCUGGAACAAAUGAGGAGUGAGAUACAGCAACAGAAAGAGGAGACAGAAUCUCACAUGGAAGACCAAAGGAAAGAGAAAGAACAUUUGGAACAAAUGACGACAGACAUGAAAAAACAGUUGCUAGAGGUGGACAAUGACAAGGAAAUUAUACAAAGUUCAAUGGGUGAACUGAGAGUGAAAGAGGCAGAAAUGGUGAGAGAAAAAGACAACAUGGAUAACAAGAUGGCUAGGCUCAAAGAGGAAGAGGAUGGAAUGCGGGAAGAAAUAGGAAGGAAGAUGGACAUCUUAAAGCAGGAAAAUUGUGAAAUCAAAAGACUUAGAGAUGAAAUUGACAGUGAAAAGGACCAGCUGAAUGCAAAAUUGCUUGAGUUGGAGAAAAUGCGUGAAGAACUAGAAAGAGAGAAGAAGGAAGUGAACAACAGGAAGGAUAAAACACUGAAAGAGAAAGAUCAGUUGGAAGAGAGGCGAGGUAAGAUGAGCAAGGAGAAAGAGGAAUUGGAUAUCAGUCUUGAACUGAUGAAAAGACAAAGGGAAGACUUGACGAGCUUGAAGGCUGAAGCAGAAGCACAGAACGAGGCUAUGGAAAAAGACUGGAAGGAAAAGCUCACGAUGGAAAGACAACAACUUGAAGAUGUAAAGGAGGAGAUACAGAAGGAAAAAGAAGCCUUUGAGAUAAAUAAGGGAUUGACCAUGAAAGAAAGAGAUGAGUUUGAUCUGAUGAAGUCUGAAACACAGGGACAAUUGGAGGAAAUAGAACAAAACAAACAAGACAUUCGUGUGGAGAAGGAAAAGCUGGAUCAGAUCAAAGCUGAGUUAGAAAGACGGUCUGAAGACAUCAAUCAGCUCAUGGAUGAGACAAGACGGGAGAGGGGGAAGGUUGAAGAACUGGCUAUCCAAACUCAAAAACAAAGAGAAGAAAUGGUGGGUUUUAUGGAAAAGAACAAACAAAAGCAGAACGAACUGGAACUCAUGAAUGACAAGAUUGAAAGAGAGAAACAAGACAUCGAAGACAGUCGGGAUGUGCUAACAAAGGAGAGAGAGGAGCUGGAACAAAUGAGGAGUGAGAUACAGCAACAGAGAGAGGAGACAGAAUCUCACAUGGAAGACCAAAGGAAAGAGAAAGAACAUUUGGAACAAAUGACGACGGACAUGAAAAAACAGUUGCUAAAGGUGGACAAUGACAAGGAAAUGAUACAAAGCUCAAUGUGUGAACUGAGAGUGAAAGAGGCAGAAAUGGUGAGAGAAAAAGACAACAUGGAUAACAAGAUGGCUAGGCUCAAUGAGGAAGAGGAUAGAAAGCGGGAAGAAAUAGGAAGGAAAAUGGACAUCUUAAAGCAGGAAAGUUGUGAAAUCACAAGACUUAGAGAUGAAAUUGACAGUGAAAAGGACCAGCUGAAUGCAAAAUUGCUUGAGUUGGAGAAAAUGCGUGAAGAACUAGAAAGAGAGAAGAAGGAAGUGAACAACAGGAAGGAUAAAACACUGAAAGAGAAAGAUCAGUUGGAAGAGAGGCGAGGUAAGAUGAGCAAGGAGAAAGAGGAAUUGGAUAUCAGUCUUGAACUGAUGAAAAGACAAAGGGAAGACUUGACGAGCUUGAAGGCUGAAGCAGAAGCACAGAACGAGGCUAUGGAAAAAGACUGGAAGGAAAAGCUCACGAUGGAAAGACAACAACUUGAAGAUGUAAAGGAGGAGAUACAGAAGGAAAAAGAAGCCUUUGAGAUAAAUAAGGGAUUGACCAUGAAAGAAAGAGAUGAGUUUGAUCUGAUGAAGUCUGAAACACAGGGACAAUUGGAGGAAAUAGAACAAAACAAACAAGACAUUCGUGUGGAGAAGGAAAAGCUGGAUCAGAUCAAAGCUGAGUUAGAAAGACGGUCUGAAGACAUCAAUCAGCUCAUGGAUGAGACAAGACGGGAGAGGGGGAAGGUUGAAGAACUGGCUAUCCAAACUCAAAAACAAAGAGAAGAAAUGGUGGGUUUUAUGGAAAAGAACAAACAAAAGCAGAACGAACUGGAACUCAUGAAUGACAAGAUUGAAAGAGAGAAACAAGACAUCGAAGACAGUCGGGAUGUGCUAACAAAGGAGAGAGAGGAGCUGGAACAAAUGAGGAGUGACAUAUACCAACAGAGAGAGGAGACAGAAUCUCACAUGGAAGACCAAAGGAAAGAGAAAGAACAUUUGGAACAAAUGACGACGGACAUGAAAAAACAGUUGCUAAAGGUGGACAAUGACAAGGAAAUGAUACAAAGCUCAAUGUGUGAACUGAGAGUGAAAGAGGCAGAAAUGGUGAGAGAAAAAGACAACAUGGAUAACAAGAUGGCUAGGCUCAAAGAGGAAGAGGAUGGAAUGCGGGAAGAAAUAGGAAGGAAGAUGGACAUCUUAAAGCAGGAAAGUUGUGAAACCAAAAGACUAAGAGAUGAAAUUGACAGUGAAAAGGACCAGCUGAAUGCAAAAUUGCUUGAGUUGGAAAAAAUGCGUGAAGAACUAGAUAGAGAGAAGAAGGAAGUGAAAGACAGGAAGGAUGAAACACUGAAAGAGAAAGAUCAGUUGGAAGAGAGGCGAGGUAAGAUAAGUAAGGAGAAAGAGGAAUUGGAUAUCAGUCUUGAACUGAUGAAAAGACAAAGGGAAGACUUGACAAGCUUGAAGGCUGAAGCAGAAGUACAGACCGAACCUAUGGAAACAGACUGGAAGGAAAAGCUCACGAUGGAAAGACAACAACUUGAAGAUGUAAAGGAGGAGAUACAGAAGGAAAAAGAAGCCUUUGAGAGAAAGAAGGGUUUGACCAUGAAAGAAAGAGAUGAGUUUGAUCUGAUGAAGUCUGAAACACAGGGACAAUUGGAGGAAAUAGAACAAAACAAACAAGACAUUCGUGUGGAGAAGGAAAAGCUGGAUCAGAUCAAAGCUGAGUUAGAAAGACGGUCUGAAGACAUCAAUCAGCUCAUGGAUGAGACAAGACGGGAGAGGGGGAAGGUUGAAGAACUGGCUAUCCAAACUCAAAAACAAAGAGAAGAAAUGGUGGGUUUUAUGGAAAAGAACAAACAAAAGCAGAACGAACUGGAACUCAUGAAUGACAAGAUUGAAAGAGAGAAACAAGACAUCGAAGACAGUCGGGAUGUGCUAACAAAGGAGAGAGAGGAGCUGGAACAAAUGAGGAGUGAGAUACAGCAACAAAAAGAGGAGACAGAAUCUCACAUGGAAGACCAAAGGAAAGAGAAAGAACAUUUGGAACAAAUGACGACAGACAUGAAAAAACAGUUGCUAGAGGUGGACAAUGACAAGGAAAUGAUACAAAGUUCAAUGGGUGAACUGAGAGUGAAAGAGGCAGAAAUGGUGAGAGAAAAAGACAACAUGGAUAACAAGAUGGCUAGGCUCAAAGAGGAAGAGGAUGGAAUGCGGGAAGAAAUAGGAAGGAAGAUGGACAUCUUAAAGCAGGAAAAUUGUGAAAUCAAAAGACUUAGAGAUGAAAUUGACAGUGAAAAGGACCAGCUGAAUGCAAAAUUGCUUGAGUUGGAGAAAAUGCGUGAAGAACUAGAAAGAGAGAAGAAGGAAGUGAAAGACAGGAAGGAUGAAACACUGAAAGAGAAAGAUCAGUUGGAAGAGAGGCGAGGUAAGAUAAGUAAGGAGAAAGAGGAAUUGGAUAUCAGUCUUGAACUGAUGAAAAGACAAAGGGAAGACUUGACAAGCUUGAAGGCUGAAGCAGAAGUACAGACCGAACCUAUGGAAACAGACUGGAAGGAAAAGCUCACGAUGGAAAGACAACAACUUGAAGAUGUAAAGGAGGAGAUACAGAAGGAAAAAGAAGCCUUUGAGAGAAAGAAGGGUUUGACCAUGAAAGAAAGAGAUGAGUUUGAUCUGAUGAAGUCUGAAACACAGGGACAAUUGGAGGAAAUAGAACAAAACAAACAAGACAUUCGUGUGGAGAUGGAAAAGCUGGAUCAGAUCAAAGCUGAGUUAGAAAGACGGUCUGAAGACAUCAAUCAGCUCAUGGAUGAGACAAGACGGGAGAGGGGGAAGGUUGAAGAACUGGCUAUCCAAACUCAAAAACAAAGAGAAGAAAUGGUGGGUUUUAUGGAAAAGAACAAACAAAAGCAGAACGAACUGGAACUCAUGAAUGACAAGAUUGAAAGAGAGAAACAAGACAUCGAAGACAGUCGGGAUGUGCUAACAAAGGAGAGAGAGGAGCUGGAACAAAUGAGGAGUGAGAUACAGCAACAGAAAGAGGAGACAGAAUCUCACAUGGAAGACCAAAGGAAAGAGAAAGAACAUUUGGAACAAAUGACGACAGACAUGAAAAAACAGUUGCUAGAGGUGGACAAUGACAAGGAAAUGAUACAAAGUUCAAUGGGUGAACUGAGAGUGAAAGAGGCAGAAAUGGUGAGAGAAAAAGACAACAUGGAUAACAAGAUGGCUAGGCUCAAAGAGGAAGAGGAUGGAAUGCGGGAAGAAAUAGGAAGGAAGAUGGACAUCUUAAAGCAGGAAAAUUGUGAAAUCAAAAGACUUAGAGAUGAAAUUGACAGUGAAAAGGACCAGCUGAAUGCAAAAUUGCUUGAGUUGGAGAAAAUGCGUGAAGAACUAGAAAGAGAGAAGAAGGAAGUGAACAACAGGAAGGAUAAAACACUGAAAGAGAAAGAUCAGUUGGAAGAGAGGCGAGGUAAGAUGAGCAAGGAGAAAGAGGAAUUGGAUAUCAGUCUUGAACUGAUGAAAAGACAAAGGGAAGACUUGACAAGCUUGAAGGCUGAAGCAGAAGUACAGACCGAACCUAUGGAAACAGACUGGAAGGAAAAGCUCACGAUGGAAAGACAACAACUUGAAGAUGUAAAGGAGGAGAUACAGAAGGAAAAAGAAGCCUUUGAGAGAAAGAAGGGUUUGACCAUGAAAGAAAGAGAUGAGUUUGAUCUGAUGAAGUCUGAAACACAGGGACAAUUGGAGGAAAUAGAACAAAACAAACAAGACAUUCGUGUGGAGAAGGAAAAGCUGGAUCAGAUCAAAGCUGAGUUAGAAAGACGGUCUGAAGACAUCAAUCAGCUCAUGGAUGAGACAAGACGGGAGAGGGGGAAGGUUGAAGAACUGGCUAUCCAAACUCAAAAACAAAGAGAAGAAAUGGUGGGUUUUAUGGAAAAGAACAAACAAAAGCAGAACGAACUGGAACUCAUGAAUGACAAGAUUGAAAGAGAGAAACAAGACAUCGAAGACAGUCGGGAUGUGCUAACAAAGGAGAGAGAGGAGCUGGAACAAAUGAGGAGUGAGAUACAGCAACAGAAAGAGGAGACAGAAUCUCACAUGGAAGACCAAAGGAAAGAGAAAGAACAUUUGGAACAAAUGACGACAGACAUGAAAAAACAGUUGCUAGAGGUGGACAAUGACAAGGAAAUGAUACAAAGUUCAAUGGGUGAACUGAGAGUGAAAGAGGCAGAAAUGGUGAGAGAAAAAGACAACAUGGAUAACAAGAUGGCUAGGCUCAAAGAGGAAGAGGAUGGAAUGCGGGAAGAAAUAGGAAGGAAGAUGGACAUCUUAAAGCAGGAAAAUUGUGAAAUCAAAAGACUUAGAGAUGAAAUUGACAGUGAAAAGGACCAGCUGAAUGCAAAAUUGCUUGAGUUGGAGAAAAUGCGUGAAGAACUAGAAAGAGAGAAGAAGGAAGUGAACAACAGGAAGGAUAAAACACUGAAAGAGAAAGAUCAGUUGGAAGAGAGGCGAGGUAAGAUGAGCAAGGAGAAAGAGGAAUUGGAUAUCAGUCUUGAACUGAUGAAAAGACAAAGGGAAGACUUGACAAGCUUGAAGGCUGAAGCAGAAGUACAGACCGAACCUAUGGAAACAGACUGGAAGGAAAAGCUCACGAUGGAAAGACAACAACUUGAAGAUGUAAAGGAGGAGAUACAGAAGGAAAAAGAAGCCUUUGAGAGAAAGAAGGGUUUGACCAUGAAAGAAAGAGAUGAGUUUGAUCUGAUGAAGUCUGAAACACAGGGACAAUUGGAGGAAAUAGAACAAAACAAACAAGACAUUCGUGUGGAGAAGGAAAAGCUGGAUCAGAUCAAAGCUGAGUUAGAAAGACGGUCUGAAGACAUCAAUCAGCUCAUGGAUGAGACAAGACGGGAGAGGGGGAAGGUUGAAGAACUGGCUAUCCAAACUAAAAAACAAAGAGAAGAAAUGGUGGGUUUUAUGGAAAAGAACAAACAAAAGCAGAACGAACUGGAACUCAUGACUGACAAGAUUGAAAGAGAGAAACAAGACAUCGAAGACAGUCGGGAUGUGCUAACAAAGGAGAGAGAGGAGCUGGAACAAAUGAGGAGUGAGAUACAGCAACAGAGAGAGGAGACAGAAUCUCACAUGGAAGACCAAAGGAAAGAGAAAGAACAUUUGGAACAAAUGACGACGGACAUGAAAAAACAGUUGCUAAAGGUGGACAAUGACAAGGAAAUGAUACAAAGCUCAAUGUGUGAACUGAGAGUGAAAGAGGCAGAAAUGGUGAGAGAAAAAGACAACAUGGAUAACAAGAUGGCUAGGCUCAAAGAGGAAGAGGAUGGAAUGCGGGAAGAAAUAGGAAGGAAGAUGGACAUCUUAAAGCAGGAAAAUUGUGAAAUCAAAAGACUUAGAGAUGAAAUUGACAGUGAAAAGGACCAGCUGAAUGCAAAAUUGCUUGAGUUGGAGAAAAUGCGUGAAGAACUAGAAAGAGAGAAGAAGGAAGUGAACAACAGGAAGGAUAAAACACUGAAAGAGAAAGAUCAGUUGGAAGAGAGGCGAGGUAAGAUGAGCAAGGAGAAAGAGGAAUUGGGUAUCAGUCUUGAACUGAUGAAAAGACAAAGGGAAGACUUGACAAGCUUGAAGGCUGAAGCAGAAGUACAGACCGAACCUAUGGAAACAGACUGGAAGGAAAAGCUCACGAUGGAAAGACAACAACUUGAAGAUGUAAAGGAGGAGAUACAGAAGGAAAAAGAAGCCUUUGAGAGAAAGAAGGGUUUGACCAUGAAAGAAAGAGAUGAGUUUGAUCUGAUGAAGUCUGAAACACAGGGACAAUUGGAGGAAAUAGAACAAAACAAACAAGACAUUCGUGUGGAGAAGGAAAAGCUGGAUCAGAUCAAAGCUGAGUUAGAAAGACGGUCUGAAGACAUCAAUCAGCUCAUGGAUGAGACAAGACGGGAGAGGGGGAAGGUUGAAGAACUGGCUAUCCAAACUAAAAAACAAAGAGAAGAAAUGGUGGGUUUUAUGGAAAAGAACAAACAAAAGCAGAACGAACUGGAACUCAUGACUGACAAGAUUGAAAGAGAGAAACAAGACAUCGAAGACAGUCGGGAUGUGCUAACAAAGGAGAGAGAGGAGCUGGAACAAAUGAGGAGUGAGAUACAGCAACAGAAAGAGGAGACAGAAUCUCACAUGGAAGACCAAAGGAAAGAGAAAGAACAUUUGGAACAAAUGACGACAGACAUGAAAAAACAGUUGCUAGAGGUGGACAAUGACAAGGAAAUUAUACAAAGUUCAAUGGGUGAACUGAGAGUGAAAGAGGCAGAAAUGGUGAGAGAAAAAGACAACAUGGAUAACAAGAUGGCUAGGCUCAAAGAGGAAGAGGAUGGAAUGCGGGAAGAAAUAGGAAGGAAGAUGGACAUCUUAAAGCAGGAAAAUUGUGAAAUCAAAAGACUUAGAGAUGAAAUUGACAGUGAAAAGGACCAGCUGAAUGCAAAAUUGCUUGAGUUGGAGAAAAUGCGUGAAGAACUAGAAAGAGAGAAGAAGGAAGUGAACAACAGGAAGGAUAAAACACUGAAAGAGAAAGAUCAGUUGGAAGAGAGGCGAGGUAAGAUGAGCAAGGAGAAAGAGGAAUUGGAUAUCAGUCUUGAACUGAUGAAAAGACAAAGGGAAGACUUGACGAGCUUGAAGGCUGAAGCAGAAGCACAGAACGAGGCUAUGGAAAAAGACUGGAAGGAAAAGCUCACGAUGGAAAGACAACAACUUGAAGAUGUAAAGGAGGAGAUACAGAAGGAAAAAGAAGCCUUUGAGAUAAAUAAGGGAUUGACCAUGAAAGAAAGAGAUGAGUUUGAUCUGAUGAAGUCUGAAACACAGGGACAAUUGGAGGAAAUAGAACAAAACAAACAAGACAUUCGUGUGGAGAAGGAAAAGCUGGAUCAGAUCAAAGCUGAGUUAGAAAGACGGUCUAAAGACAUCAAUCAGCUCAUGGAUGAGACAAGACGGGAGAGGGGGAAGGUUGAAGAACUGGCUAUCCAAACUCAAAAACAAAGAGAAGAAAUGGUGGGUUUUAUGGAAAAGAACAAACAAAAGCAGAACGAACUGGAACUCAUGAAUGACAAGAUUGAAAGAGAGAAACAAGACAUCGAAGACAGUCGGGAUGUGCUAACAAAGGAGAGAGAGGAGCUGGAACAAAUGAGGAGUGAGAUACAGCAACAGAGAGAGGAGACAGAAUCUCACAUGGAAGACCAAAGGAAAGAGAAAGAACAUUUGGAACAAAUGACGACGGACAUGAAAAAACAGUUGCUAAAGGUGGACAAUGACAAGGAAAUGAUACAAAGCUCAAUGUGUGAACUGAGAGUGAAAGAGGCAGAAAUGGUGAGAGAAAAAGACAACAUGGAUAACAAGAUGGCUAGGCUCAAAGAGGAAGAGGAUGGAAUGCGGGAAGAAAUAGGAAGGAAGAUGGACAUCUUAAAGCAGGAAAAUUGUGAAAUCAAAAGACUUAGAGAUGAAAUUGACAGUGAAAAGGACCAGCUGAAUGCAAAAUUGCUUGAGUUGGAGAAAAUGCGUGAAGAACUAGAAAGAGAGAAGAAGGAAGUGAACAACAGGAAGGAUAAAACACUGAAAGAGAAAGAUCAGUUGGAAGAGAGGCGAGGUAAGAUGAGCAAGGAGAAAGAGGAAUUGGAUAUCAGUCUUGAACUGAUGAAAAGACAAAGGGAAGACUUGACAAGCUUGAAGGCUGAAGCAGAAGUACAGACCGAACCUAUGGAAACAGACUGGAAGGAAAAGCUCACGAUGGAAAGACAACAACUUGAAGAUGUAAAGGAGGAGAUACAGAAGGAAAAAGAAGCCUUUGAGAGAAAGAAGGGUUUGACCAUGAAAGAAAGAGAUGAGUUUGAUCUGAUGAAGUCUGAAACACAGGGACAAUUGGAGGAAAUAGAACAAAACAAACAAGACAUUCGUGUGGAGAAGGAAAAGCUGGAUCAGAUCAAAGCUGAGUUAGAAAGACGGUCUGAAGACAUCAAUCAGCUCAUGGAUGAGACAAGACGGGAGAGGGGGAAGGUUGAAGAACUGGCUAUCCAAACUAAAAAACAAAGAGAAGAAAUGGUGGGUUUUAUGGAAAAGAACAAACAAAAGCAGAACGAACUGGAACUCAUGACUGACAAGAUUGAAAGAGAGAAACAAGACAUCGAAGACAGUCGGGAUGUGCUAACAAAGGAGAGAGAGGAGCUGGAACAAAUGAGGAGUGAGAUACAGCAACAGAAAGAGGAGACAGAAUCUCACAUGGAAGACCAAAGGAAAGAGAAAGAACAUUUGGAACAAAUGACGACAGACAUGAAAAAACAGUUGCUAGAGGUGGACAAUGACAAGGAAAUGAUACAAAGUUCAAUGGGUGAACUGAGAGUGAAAGAGGCAGAAAUGGUGAGAGAAAAAGACAACAUGGAUAACAAGAUGGCUAGGCUCAAAGAGGAAGAGGAUGGAAUGCGGGAAGAAAUAGGAAGGAAGAUGGACAUCUUAAAGCAGGAAAAUUGUGAAAUCAAAAGACUUAGAGAUGAAAUUGACAGUGAAAAGGACCAGCUGAAUGCAAAAUUGCUUGAGUUGGAGAAAAUGCGUGAAGAACUAGAAAGAGAGAAGAAGGAAGUGAACAACAGGAAGGAUAAAACACUGAAAGAGAAAGAUCAGUUGGAAGAGAGGCGAGGUAAGAUGAGCAAGGAGAAAGAGGAAUUGGAUAUCAGUCUUGAACUGAUGAAAAGACAAAGGGAAGACUUGACGAGCUUGAAGGCUGAAGCAGAAGCACAGAACGAGGCUAUGGAAAAAGACUGGAAGGAAAAGCUCACGAUGGAAAGACAACAACUUGAAGAUGUAAAGGAGGAGAUACAGAAGGAAAAAGAAGCCUUUGAGAUAAAUAAGGGAUUGACCAUGAAAGAAAGAGAUGAGUUUGAUCUGAUGAAGUCUGAAACACAGGGACAAUUGGAGGAAAUAGAACAAAACAAACAAGACAUUCGUGUGGAGAAGGAAAAGCUGGAUCAGAUCAAAGCUGAGUUAGAAAGACGGUCUAAAGACAUCAAUCAGCUCAUGGAUGAGACAAGACGGGAGAGGGGGAAGGUUGAAGAACUGGCUAUCCAAACUCAAAAACAAAGAGAAGAAAUGGUGAGUUUUAUGGAAAAGAACAAACAAAAGCAGAACGAACUGGAACUCAUGAAUGACAAGAUUGAAAGAGAGAAACAAGACAUUGAAGACAGUCGGGAUGUGCUAACAAAGGAGAGAGAGGAGCUGGAACAAAUGUGGAGUGAGAUACAGCAACAGAGAGAGGAGACAGAAUCUCACAUGGAAGACCAAAGGAAAGAGAAAGAACAUUUGGAACAAAUGACGACGGACAUGAAAAAACAGUUGCUAGAGGUGGACAAUGACAAGGAAAUGAUACAAAGUUCAAUGGGUGAAGUGAGAGUGAAAGAGGCAGAAAUGGUGAGAGAAAAAGACAACAUGGAUAACAAGAUGGCUAGGCUCAAUGAGGAAGAGGAUAGAAUGCGGGAAGAAAUAGGAAGGAAAAUGGACAUCUUAAAGCAGGAAAGUUGUGAAAUCACAAGACUUAGAGAUGAAAUUGACAGUGAAAAGGACCAGCUGAAUGCAAAAUUGCUUGAGUUGGAAAAAAUGCGUGAAGAACUAGAUAGAGAGAAGAAGGAAGUGAAAGACAGGAAGGAUGAAACACUGAAAGAGAAAGAUCAGUUGGAAGAGAGGCGAGGUAAGAUAAGUAAAGAGAAAGAGGAAUUGGAUAUCAGUCUUGAACUUAUGAAAAGACAAAGGGAAGACUUGACGAGCUUGAAGGCUGAAGCAGAAGUACAGACCGAGCCUAUGGAAACAGACUGGAAGGAAAAUCUCACGAGGGAAAGACAACAACUUGAAGAUGUAAAGGAGGAGAUACAGAAGGAAAAAGAAGCCUUUGAGAGAAAGAAGGGAUUGAUCAUGAAAGAAAGAGAUGAGUUUGAUCUGAUGAAGUCUGAAACCCAGGGACAAUUGGAGGAAAUAGAACAAAACAAACAAGACAUUCGUGUGGAGAAGGAAAAGCUGGAUCAGAUCAAAGCUGAGUUAGAAAGACGGUCUGAAGACAUCAAUCAGCUCAUGGAUGAGACAAGACAGGAGAGGGGGAAGGUUGAAGAACUGGCUAUCCAAACUCAAAAACAAAGAGAAGAAAUGGUGGGUUUUAUGGAAAAGAACAAACAAAAGCAGAACGAACUGGAACUCAUGACUGACAAGAUUGAAAGAGAGAAACAAGACAUCGAAGACAGUCGGGAUGUGCUAACAAAGGAGAGAGAGGAGCUGGAACAAAUGAGGAGUGAGAUACACCAACAGAGAGAGGAGACAGAAUCUCACAUGGAAGACCAAAGGAAAGAGAAAGAACAUUUGGAACAAAUGACGACGGACAUGAAAAAACAGUUGCUAGAGGUGAACAAUGACAAGGAAAUGAUACAAAGCUCAAUGGGUGAACUGAGAGUGAAAGAGGCAGAAAUGGUGAGAGAAAAAGACAACAUGGAUAACAAGAUGGCUAGGCUCAAAGAGGAAGACGAUGGAAUGCGGGAAGAAAUAGGAAGGAAGAUGGACAUCUUAAAGCAGGAAAGUUGUGAAAUCAAAAGACUUAGAGAUGAAAUUGACAGUGAAAAGGACCAGCUGAAUGCAAAAUUGCUUGAGUUGGAGAAAAUGCGUGAAGAACUAGAAAGAGAGAAGAAGGAAGUGAACAACAGGAAGGAUGAAACACUGAAAGAGAAAGAUCAGUUGGAAGAGAGGCGAGGUAAGAUGAGCAAGGAGAAAGAGGAAUUUGAUAUCAGUCUUGAACUGAUGAAAAGACAAAGUGAAGACUUGACGAGCUUGAAGGCUGAAGCAGAAGUACAGACCGAGGCUAUGGAAAAAGACUGGAAGGAAAAGCUCACGAGGGAAAGACAACAACUUGAAGAUGUAAAGGAGGAGAUACAUAAGGAAAAAGAAGCCUUUGAGAGAAAGAAGGGAUUGACCAUGAAAGAACGAGAUGAGUUUGAUCUGAUGAAGUCUGAAACCCAGAGACAAUUGGAGGAAAUAGAACAAAUCCAGAAAGAAAGGGAGGAAAUGAAAAGUGUUAUUGAAGAUAUCAAGAGAGCAAAAGCUAAUCAGGAAGUGAUGGAAUCUGAGAUUGUGACAAAGAAACGAGAAACAGAUAAUAUCAUGGAAAUUAUCUCAAAAGAAAAAGACAACAUGGACAAAAUUAAGAUUGAAGUGGAAAGGGAGAGUAACGAAUUUGAGAUCACCAAGGGCAAGAUGGUGACGGAGAUGGAUGAGCUGGGACAGAGAAAAGCUGAGAUCGAGAAUGAUAAAUAUGAAGCAGAAAUGUUGAUGGCUGAACUGAAAGAGGAAGAGCAAAGAAUGAGGGAAGAAAUUUGCAAGAUGAAAGACAGUCUCGAGCAGAUCAAAGCUGAAAUACAACCACAGAGAGAAGACAUUGAAAGCAAGAUGGAGGAGCUGAAUGUCCAAAAGGCUGAGAUGGAAAGUGUUAUGACAGAUAUCGACAGACAAAAAAAGGACAUGCAAAACCAAAGACAGCAAAUUGAACAAGACAAACAAAAGAUGAUCAAGGAAAAGGAUGAUCUGGAAAGGAUUAAGAUGGAGAUUGCUGAAUUGAAGGAGGAACACCAAAGAAUGAGGGAGGAUAUCAGGAAGAUGAAAGAAAACCUAGACACUGAAAUACAGCUGAAGAGAGAUGGUAUUGAAAGUAAAAUGGAAGAGUUGGAUGUCAAAAAGAGAGAGCUGGAAAACAUGUGGACCGAUAUUUACAGAGAAAAGGAGGAACUACAAAACCAGAGAAAGGAAAUAGAAGAAGACAAACAAAAUAUACUAGAUGAAAAGGGUGGGCUGGAACACAUCAAGGCUGAUUUACAAAUGAAGAGCAGAAAGGAGAAUGUUGAGGGCAUGGCUGUCCAAUUCCAGAUGGAAAAGGAGGAAAUUGAAAGUGUCAUGGUAGAACCCGAGAUAAGAAGACAAGUACUGGAAUUUACAAAAGUGGAGGUAGAGAAGGAAGAAACGGAGAACAUCAAGGACAUUGUAUUAAAGGAUCAGAAAUAUCUGGAAAAAAUGAAGAUUGAGAUGGAAAGAGAAAGAGAAGAAAUUGAUAAUACCAAGAUCAAGAUAGCAAUCGAUAUGGAAAGGCUGGAAGCGACAAAGGUUGUAAUAGAGAGACAACUGAAAGAAGAACAACGACAAAUGAGGGAGGAUAUCGAGAAGAUGAAAGACAACCAAGAGCAGAUCAAUGCUGAAAUACAAUUACAGCGAGAGGACAUUGCAGCCCAAAUGGCUGAGUUAAAUGUCAAAAAAGCAGAGUUGGAAAACAUUCAAGCUGAUCUAGACAGACAGAAAGUAGAACAUGAUGACAUGAGAAAAUACAUAUUUGUGGGAAAGAAUCCACUGGACGAGAGGAAUGCUGCCUUGCAAAAACAAAGGGAGGAGAUGGAUAAAAUCAUGGAACCAACAGCUGUGAUAAAGGCUGAAGCACAAACACAGACAGAGCCCAUGGAAGACAGCUUGGAGGAACAGCUCAAAGGGGACAUGGAAGAAGUUGAAGGUCAUGACAUAGACAAAGAGAAAGAGGACCUGGAACAAACCAACAGGCUGGCAAUGAUAGAGAGGGAUGAGUUGGAAUCCAUGAAGUCUGAAAUAGGAAAACAAAGACAGGAAAUAGAGGAGAACAAUCAAAAGAUACAGGAUGAGAAGGCUGAGAUUGAAAAGAUCAAGAAUGAUUUACAGAAACGGUCAGAUAAUCUAGACAACCUCGUGGAAGAGACAAAGAGGGAAAAGGAGAAUGUUAAGGACAGGGCUGCUCAAAUCCAGAAGGGUCAGGAGGGAAUUGAACGUGUUAGUGAGGAUAUCAAGACAAAGAGCCCUGAACUGGAAAUGUUGAAAGCUGAGAUAAAGACAGAGAAACAAGAAACAUUCAACCUGAAGGACAUGACAUCAAAGGAGAAACGUAACUUGGAACAAAUUAAAGUGAAGAUGGAGAAAGAAAUACAAGAACUGGAGAACACCAAGGAAACGACAGAAAUUGAUAUUAGUCGGCUGGAACAAAGAAGAGUUGAGUUAGAAGGAGAAGAAGAUGGAGUGAAAAAUCAGAUGGCUUCACUGACAGAGGAAGAGCAGAGUAUGAAAGAGAAUAUUGGGAAGAUGAAAGAAAAUUUAGAGCAGAUUAAUGCUGAAAUACAAGUACAGAGAGAUGACAUUGCAACACAAAUGGAAGAGUUAAAUGUCAAGAAAGAAGAGCUGGAAAACAUUCAAAUGGACAUCGACAGACAAAUAGAACAGAUGGGCAAAACACAAAAUGCUAUAAUCAUGGAAAAGAAUGAACUGGAAGAGAAGCUUGCUGGCGUGCAAAAACAAACAGAGGAGGUGGAAGCCAUCAUUGAAAUGACAAAGAGGGAGAGGGAGGAUGUGGCGAGGAUAAAGGCUGAAACAGAGGAACAGAAAGAUCAAAUGGAAGACAACCUGAUGGAAACUCUGAAACACGACAGAGAAGAACUUGAACGCCUAAAAGAAACAGAAAGAAAGGAGGAAACUAAGGACAUUAAAAAGAAGACAGGGAGGGAGACGGAGGGGUUAGAACGGGUUAACAUAGAGUCCCAGAGAGCGCUGGAAGAUCUGGAGAACGUUGUGGAGGAAACCAUGGAGAACGAGGGUGCAGAGGAAAUGGCUAUCCAAAUACAAAAGCAAAUGGAGGACAAUGUGAGAAUCAUUGAGGAGAUGGAGCAAGAGAAGGCAUAUUUAGAGCUGAUGAACAUUAAGAUGCAAAGUGAGAGAGAAGAAAUAGACUCUAACAAGGCCAUGAUUGAAAGGGAGAAGGAUGACCUGCAACAAAUGAAGUCUAUGAUUACGCGGCAGAGAUGCGAAAUUGAACAAAUUACCGCCGUCUUAAGGGACGAGAGGGACACUCUUGAGCAAUUUAAGACUGAUAUGGAAAGACAGCGACAGGAGAUGAUGAACAAUAUGGACUUGGUGGAAAGAGAGAGAGAUGAACUGGGAAAGACGAGGUCGGAGAUGGAUGAGUUGGAACACAUGGCAGCUGAAAUAGAAAGACCGAAGGAGAAGAUUGACAAAAGAAAGGGUGCAGCAAUGAUGGAGGCGCCUCUGCUGGAGGAAAGAGAAGACAGCGUUCAGAAACAGAGUGAUGAAGUUGUCUUCAUCUCAGACACAACACAGACAGAAAAAAUAAAGGAUGAACCCGAACAAAGCACGGUUGAGACACUUCAGACACAGGACGAAACGAUGGACUCAGUCAAGAAGGACAGAGAUGAUCUAGAACAAAUGAGAGCAACAGAUGAAAGGCUCCCAAAGAGAGAUCAUUUGGAGAAAAUCCGUCAGGAGGCUCAGGCAGAAAAGGAGGAGAUUGAGAAGAUUAAGCACAGAGUUCAUGAGAUGAAAGAACAUCUAGAGGGAAGACUAGCAGUGAUUCAGAGACACGAGUUGGUACAGAGAACAAGGAUACAAAGAGAGAAAGAAGAGCUAAAGAAGAUGAAGGAAGAGUUGGAGAGAGACAGCCAAGCUCGGCAAACAGAGUGGGACAGAGGUAGGAGGAAACUUCAGGAGAAGGACCAGGAGCUUGAGAUGCUAAAAGUGGAGAUGUUCCGAGAGAUCGAGAGACUGCAGGUUCAUAUGGAAAAAGAGAUGGAAACACUGGAGACAAGUGACAAAGGUGUCCAAACCUCAGACGUGGUAUUAACCAUAGAAGAAGAGAGAAUGUGGUUGAUGGAGGACUCAACGACAGAGGAGUACAGUAUGCUGGCAGAAAUAAGUCAAGAAACAGAGCAAACCACAGUGGAUAUGACAUUCGCCAGUUCAUCACUGGAGCUCCAGGGUCAAUCAGAGGAGCACACAGUGAUAGAGGAUGCUCAGAUGAGCGUAGUAAGAGCAGAGGCUUCUCCAUUCAGCAGGUUGCUACGGUGGCUUUGGCGCUACUGCUGUGGCUGCUGCCGCUGUUGUGACUGCUGCGGAAGGGAGUGUGAAGAAGAAGAGGAGGAGAACAUAGUAUAGUCCCAACUAUAUCAGUGGGGCUUAAAAUAAAUACAUUUGCUAUGUAAAGGCUGUGUGGGAAAAAAUCUGGUUCAGUAAUAUGAAUUGUGAUACAACACCAUCAGUUAUCAUUCAUUCAGUUACAUCACGUAUGAUCUCUAUUCUACGACGCCCAAGUGAUAAGAAAUCAUGUCGAGAUGAUGAUAUGCAACAACCUGAUUUAUAUGCGGUGUUGUAAGGGUUGUGCAGUAUCGCAGUGCUAUGUAUUUACAAUGAUGGUCAACUAAGUUUGCACUGAAUAUUAGAUCUAGAGAGAGCAACAUGUAGCUUUAUUUAUUUGUUAUAUUUAUUAUGAAACAUGUAUUUAUUACAUCUCUUUACAGCUUUUGUUAAAGGUGCACUGGAUACUGAAUGGACUCUUAUCACGAUUUGUCGUCAUAAUUUGUCAAAACAAGUUAUUUUAUACUUUUAGUUUUCUUAUUUUUAUACACACGGAAUUUGCAGUAAACAAAGCGCUAUUCUAUCAUUUUCUCAGGGACAGCUGUUGUUCUUUAAGCCAGUAUUUUGUAAGUGUAAAAGCCUUGUAAAUUCAUUUAUAAGCGUGUCAUUCUAAUGUAUUUAAUUUGGUUAUUUCUGCAUCUCUUUCUCUAUACAUCCACAAUUACAACAAACAAAUGUGCUAUUAUGUUCUCAGAUGGGAUGAAUUCACAGUGAAGUAAUGGAUACUAGCAGUGACUGAAGAAGUACAAAAUACACUUGAUUCUUUUGAUAUGAGCAAUGGUUCCCUUCAUGAACUUCAGUGGGGUCUGGGAUUCACUCAGUCAGUCCUAAUUGAAAAGCAUUUACAUUGCAAGGUUGGGUCAAUAAUCAGCAAUGACAGUAACCCAGACACAGAGGGUUAGGUUGGCCUCAGCAGACCUAAACCAUUGUUGUCGGGGGCAGCUGAAAGGGGACACUAAUAAAGUAGUCAUGACCCAGGAAAUUGCUUAUAACCUGUUCCUUGUCUUGAAUGGCAAGGAAAGUUACUCAAAGUUGGCACAUGAACUUGGCAGUUCACACUUGCCCCACAACAGUGGUCUAUGAGAGCUGAGUUUGAAGUUUUGCAAAAACUUCAUGUCAUGUCAAAAGAAUCAAUGCACUAUGGGCCGGUUUCCUGGACCUAAAAGGAUUCUCUAUGGAGACUAUCCAUACUUUAGUUUUUUAGUUCAGGAAUAGGUUUAACUAAAUGAUUUUCUCAAGAAUAAUGUUGACCCAAAGGCUGAUGGUGGCGAUAGAGGAAUAAAAAGCAUAUCUCACUCACAAUUUGACAGACACUAUUAAAAGUGCGAGAAUACGGCAAUACAAAAAGUAUGUUUCUGACAUUGGAUGGAACAUUCAUAUUCCUGUGGAAAAGCACAGCUGCAAUGCCUGGGAAAUCGACCAAUCACUCAUGUACCUGGAUACUAUUUAACAUUGUUGUCAAAUUACUGUUUGCCUGUAACCCAAUAAAGACACCAUUAAUAAAUG